UCCGCAUUUGACUCUUGCAGAGCGCAGAUCGAGCGAUUUUUCCGGCCUAGCACACGGCAUCACCUGCAUUUUAUCGAAAAGUACUUCUUUUACGAAUUCAAUCAAGAUGACUGAAACCAUGGAAACUGUUGAGAAUGCAGAGGUUGAGACUUUCGCUUUCCAAGCUGAAAUCGCACAGUUGAUGUCCCUCAUCAUCAACACUUUCUACUCCAACAAGGAAAUCUUCCUCAGAGAAUUGAUCUCCAACUCUAGCGAUGCUCUUGACAAAAUUCGUUAUGAAUCUCUCACAGACCCAACCAAACUCGAAUCCGGCAAAGAUCUUCACAUCAAGAUUAUCCCCAACAAGAAUGACCGUACUCUCACGAUAAUUGACUCUGGUAUUGGUAUGACUAAAGCUGAUUUGGUCAACAACCUCGGUACCAUUGCUAAGUCUGGUACCAAGGCUUUCAUGGAAGCUCUUCAGGCUGGUGCCGACAUUUCCAUGAUUGGUCAGUUUGGUGUUGGUUUCUACUCAGCAUACCUCGUUGCUGAUAGAGUCGUUGUAGUUUCAAAGAGUAAUGAUGACGAACAAUACAUUUGGGAGUCCAGUGCCGGUGGAUCUUUCACUGUACGUCAAGACACUGGAGAGCCAAUUGGACGUGGUACCAAAAUAGUUCUGUACAUCAAAGAAGACCAGGCUGAGUACCUGGAAGAAAGUAAAAUUAAGGAAAUCGUCAAGAAGCACUCGCAGUUCAUUGGCUACCCAAUCAAGCUUGCUUGUCAGAAGGAACGUGAAAAGGAGUUGAGCGACGACGAAGAAGAAGAAGAUGACAAAGAAAAGAAAGAAGAUGACAAGCCGGAAGUUGAAGAUGUUGGAGAGGAUGAAGACGAAGACAAGCCCAAAGACGAAAAGAAAAAGAAAAAGAAGACCAUCAAAGAAAAGUACGAGGAGGAUGAAGAAUUGAACAAAACUAAGCCCAUAUGGACCAGAAACUGCGAUGACAUCACUCAGGAGGAAUAUGGUGAAUUCUACAAAUCUCUUACCAACGACUGGGAAGAUCAUUUGGCUGUUAAGCACUUUUCUGUUGAGGGUCAGCUUGAAUUCAAAGCCCUUCUCUUCAUCCCAAGACGCAUGCCAUUCGAUCUUUUUGAGAACAGGAAGAAAAAGAACAAUAUCAAGCUGUACGUCAGGCGUGUAUUUAUCAUGGACAACUGCGAAGAUCUGAUCCCUGAAUACUUGAACUUUACGAAAGGAGUCGUAGACAGUGAAGAUCUUCCUCUUAACAUUUCGCGAGAGAUGUUGCAACAAAACAAAAUUCUGAAGGUUAUCAGGAAAAAUCUCGUCAAGAAAUGCUUGGAGUUGUUCGAAGAGAUUGCGGAAGACAAAGAAAAUUUCAAAAAGUUCUAUGAACAGUUCAGCAAGAACUUGAAACUUGGAAUCCACGAAGACAGUGGAAACCGUAACAAGUUAGCGGACUUGCUCAGAUACCAAACUUCAGCUUCUGGUGAUGAUACCUGCUCACUGAAAGAGUACGUCGGCAGGAUGAAGGAGAACCAAAAACACAUCUACUUCAUCACCGGUGAAAGCAAGGAUCAGGUUGCCAACAGCUCGUUUGUUGAGCGUGUCAAGAAACGUGGCUUUGAGGUCAUCUACAUGACCGAGCCCAUUGAUGAGUACGUCGUCCAGCAGCUCAAGGAAUUCGAUGGCAAACAGCUGGUUUCUGUUACCAAGGAAGGUCUUGAGCUCCCCGAAGACGAGGAAGAGAAGAAGAAACGCGAAGAGGACAAAGUCAAGUUCGAGAACCUCUGCAAAAUCAUGAAGAACAUCCUGGACAACAAAGUAGAGAAGGUCGUUGUCUCCAACCGUCUAGUCGACUCGCCUUGCUGUAUCGUCACGUCCCAAUACGGCUGGACCGCAAACAUGGAGAGGAUCAUGAAAGCCCAGGCUCUCCGCGAUACAUCAACCAUGGGCUACAUGUCGGCCAAGAAGCAUUUGGAAAUUAAUCCAGACCAUCCAAUCAUUGAUAAUCUUCGUGAGAAAGCAGAGGCUGACAAGAAUGAUAAAGCUGUGAAGGAUCUGGUCGUCCUCUUAUUCGAGACUGCUCUCUUGUCGUCCGGCUUCAGCCUUGACGAACCACAGGUCCACGCUUCUCGUAUCUACAGAAUGAUCAAGCUUGGUCUUGGUAUUGACGAGGACGAACCUGUCGUCGAGGAAUCGAUAGCCACCGAAGAUGCUCCUGUUGCGGAAGCUGCCGAUGAGGAGACUUCUCGAAUGGAGGAAGUCGAUUAAUUACAUUAGUUGUUUUUUUUUUUAAAUAUAUUGUAUGUAGUUAGUGCGCAAAUGCAGGUAAUGAAGCCACGUUUCAUGUGGUUUUUGUCUUUCAUGUGUUCAUCAUGACUUAAACAUGUUUCUACGAAAUUAUCAACGUGAAUAGGAUUCUUUUCUAAUUUCGACUGACUAAUUUAACCAUUCCUGUGUAAGACGAAUCGUACACCAAAUAUGCUCUUAAAUGUAAGGUUUGAUAAUAAAAAAUAUUUAUCUUACA